AGUCGCUCAGCGAGAGAUUGAACCGACAAAGACAAUGCCGGGUGAGCACCCCCAAGCCGGCCUGAUCAGUCCGAGCCCAGCCUCGACGCCAUCGUCCUCGUCCUCGUCCUCGUCUUCAUCAUCAUUGCUGGACGCGUCUGGCAGCAAACGCCGCGUCGCGCUGUGCGUCAAGACGUUCGUGGCAGCGACGCACCCGACCGAUCAGUGCGGCAGCAAUGGCCUGCCACUCACUCCCAACUCAAUCCGCAUCGUCGGGCGAUUCCAUCACAAGCUCAAGUCCAUUGCAGCGAGUGUGUCGUCGUCUGCUGGAAGUGCUGGCGGUGCCGGCGGUGCAAGUGCUAGUCGCGCACCAGUCGGCCUUUGCCAGUAUAUUGACAUUGUCAAGGGCAGACAUGAACGAUUGUUUGUCAUUUCGGAGCACCAUGGACGAUCGCUGGAUUCGCUCAUACGUGCAUCGGCUACGUCAACAAGAGCAGCUUCUCAGAACGCUCAGGCGCAAUUUAGCAGCCGCAAUGUCGAGCUCCUGAGGCGCAUCGCAUUCCAAAUCGUCGAUGCGUUGGUGGUCCUCAAUGCCAACAAAAUCACCCACCGAUGCUUGUGCCUCAACAACAUUCUGUUGGAUAGCACGGGCAAUGUCAAGCUGUCCGACUACGGUCUCUUUUACAUGACAGAGAAUGGCGCCGACGUCUCAUUCCCAAUCAGCCACCCAACGUACACGGCACCGGAAGUCAUCGCUUCGGCGAUCACAUUUCCCUCACCGCCCGCUCGUCAGUACGAUGCUUUGCGCAAUGCCGCCUCUCCCAAGACCGACGUCUGGUCGCUCGGCAUCAUCCUCAUUGAACUGUGGCUAGGAUACUACCUGUUCCAGUUUUACCGCAAGGACGUCGACUCGCUGCUCGAGCACAUUUUGUCCUUUGCAGAACACGUUGACAAUCCUGCACAGCCGUCCGCCGCCGAGGCCGUUCUGCGCGACCACCAGCCGGAAGCCUGGCAGGCACAAGUGGCGGCGAUGGGGGACGACAUGUUCCAGUUUAUUUCGAGCUGCCUGAUCGUGUCACCCCAAAAGCGACCAACGCCCCUGGAACUGUUGCGGCAUCCCUUUCUCGCACCGCUGUAUGACGCCAGCGACAAUGACUGGCUGAUUGUCACGGAUGACGCGUCUGUUGCGCCAAGUGACAUUCAACUUGCCGAUCCCGUGCUGCAAUUUACAAAUUCUGCAGUUCAGACCGUGGUCGCGGCAAAAGCACUCGAGCCGUCGGAUUUGCCAGUCCACGAGUAUGCCCUGCAUAGUGCGUCGCUCGCCAUCCCGAUCGCCAGUAAGUUUACCGCGCUCGUUCGUCUCGAGGACAGCAACGUCGGCGCAACCAGUGCGCCCAGCGGCACCCACGUUGCCUACACCCAAGCGCGGCAAGGCAAGCGCAGGUCGUCUCUCCGCGCAAAACCCACCUCGCCCGUCACGUUUUCGCCAGUCUCGUCGUUGCAUCAGGGCGCGCUGCAACAGCAAAAGGCGGUUGCCGAGAUUCGACGCCAAUUUGUGCUGCAGGGCCAAAUGCUGGCGAACGCAGUGCACAUCCCUUCGACCGUCGCCGAGGCGGACACGUAUGUCAUUGAGGGUGGAAUGCCACUGGGCUUUUCGUCCGCGGAUCCACUCGAAUCCAUGCCCCUUGCGACGGCCUAUCACUUUUGGACGCUUGCUGGUGGCGAUGUUCAGAUGGAGCUCUCCCGCCGUGGGCUGCUCCACACUCGCCCGUCAAUUUCUUGCCUGGCUCGUGCUGUGUUUGCAAGCUCGGGCAGUACCGUCCUUGGUCACGAGCGCGAUCGGACGACGCGGUACGACCCCAGUCCGUUCGUGCUGCCGUUGAAAAACCUGCGUGAGCGACUGAUUGCACUGAAUCAAGUCGUCGAAGUCAACCCCAGCAUUUUGGAACUCGGACUGAAUGACACGGUAGGAUCAGUCGUGGUCGCUGAACCCACCGCUGCCCCUGUCUUUACGGUUGGCAGUAGCACACCAUCAGACGUGGAUUAUUCCGAAAAACGACUACUGCCACUCGAUGCGUUCGAUCCCGCUCCAGCAUCCUCCAGCAAGGCAACGCCAACAACCCUUCGCAUGUCCGUCUCAAGCAUCGCACGUUCACCCUCCCCCACCCACCACGUGCAGGACAGUUCUCAGCUUUCGCUGCACAUUCGCGAGGCGGACAUCGAGCACCAGUACCGCCGCAUUGCCAUCUUUCAGCCAUUGUUGGACGCCUAUCCGCUGAGCCGGCCCCGUCUUCUCGCGGAGGCGGCGAAUGACAUUCCGCCAAUGCUGCGAGGCCCCAUUUGGGCGUGCAUCUUGGGAGUGACUGGCAACUGUGCUGCGGCUUACGAUGCGAUCGACAAGCAGUCUGAAACGAGCACCGACCACCAGAUUGAGGUGGACAUUCCACGUUGCCACCAAUACCUGCCCCUUCUCGCUUCCCCAGACGGACAUCGCACUUUCAAGCGGCUCCUGAAAGCUUGGAUCGUUUCCAAUCCGAGCUUGGUGUAUUGGCAAGGGCUGGACUCUAUCUGCGCGGCAUUCCUCACGCUGAACUUUAACCAAGAGGGCGUGGCACUCGCGUGCAUCAACAAGUUUGUGUCCAAGUACGCGGCCAACUUUUUCACCAACGACAAUUCGAAUGCCAUUCAGGAGUACUUGGCCGUAUUCCGGCACUUGAUUUGCUACCACGAUCCCAUCCUGGCCAACCAUUUGGAUGACAUUGGCUUCCCUCCGGAUCUCUACGCCAUUCCGUGGUUUUUGACCGUGUUUACUCACGUCUUCCCAUUGCAACAAAUCUUUCACAUGUGGGACACCAUGCUCCUUGGGCCGGCUUCGUUGCCGCUGUUCUAUGGCCUGGCCAUCGUCAAGCAAUUCCGCGAGCAGCUGCUUUCCUUUGCCUUUAACGAAUGCAUUUUGCUCUUCUCGGACAUGCCCGAAGUGGAUAUCGAGCGAUGCAUCCUCGACGGCGUCGCCCUGUGCUCGGCGACUCCAAGCAGCGUCGCCUUCCGACGAUUCGAAAUUGCCGCUGCAGAGGCUGCAGAGGCGGCAGAUGCGACUGCAAGUGACCCGGCCAGUCCAGGAGCGCGCGCGGAUGAUCUCGAGCUAUUACCUGGCCUCUCCUCACCGCUCCAAGCGAGCUCGACGCCAUUCUCAGAAGACAUUCCGUUGGAUCAACUUCGAACAGAGUGCUUCCCGCGGCUGUCCUUGUCGGACUAUCUUGCUGCUCGUCUGCGAACCAUCACUAUCGACACUCGAGCUGAGCAAGAUUUUGCACGAGCACAUCUGAAGGGCUCCAUCAAUGUGUCGCAAGUUACCGCGGCCGCCACGAAGGAUCUCGAGCGAUACAAGGGCAGGCCUAUUGUAGUGGUGGCUGGCGCCAAAGCAACCACUGGCGCACAGCUUGCAGAGUUGCUGGUACGGUCCGAGUUCCCGAAAGUCGCGCUCUUGCGAGGCGGCAUGGAAGGCAUUUGGGCGUCCAUUCGCAAAGUGGGUCCACUUUGUGCAUGCGGAGGCAUUGUGCCAGACUUGGCCGUUCCACUUCGAACACGGCUAGUGCUUUGCCAUCAUCACAUGUUCGAGGGAUGAUACUUUUUUCCUCAUCGAGAUUGAUUGAAAUUAUACAGUUUUUCAAAAAAAAAAUGUUCUGAAAAAGC